AUGAACGCUCCACCCCUUCGAGGAGUUCGGGUUAUUGAGUUAGCUGGUCUAGCUCCAGGUCCUUUCGCUGGUCUCCUUUUAGCUGACUAUGGUGCGUCAGUCGUUCGCAUUGACCGCCCAAAUGUAGCGAGCAAUGAUUCACUUGCACGACGAAAAACAUCCAUAAUCAUUGAUCUACGCGAUGCGAAAUCGCGCGAUGUUCUACUACGUCUUCUUACGGCUGCCGAUGUCCUAAUCGACCCAUUUCGCCCAGGCGUCUUAGAGCGUUUCGGUCUAUCACCAACAGAAGUAAUGCUCAAACGCAACCCACGACUUAUCGUUGCGCGAAUGACCGGUUUCCGCCGUGACGGUAAAUACAAAGACAUGGCCGGCCACGACAUCAAUUAUAUUGCCGUCUCAGGCGUACUCUCCAUGCUAGGUCGAGCCGGUGACAGGCCAUACCCACCGGGAAACAUCCUGGGUGAUUUUGCCGGUGGUGGAGCAAUGUGUUUUUUAGGAAUUAUACUAGCACUUAUUUCACGCUCUCAUACCGGUCGUGGCCAGGUUGUCGAAGCUAACAUGGUCGAUGGCUCGGCAUACCUAACUACCAUGCCCCGACUUGCGCGCCAGAAUCCCACAUGGGCUCAGCCACGGGGCGAAAACCUGCUGGAUGGCGGCUGUCCGUACUACGAUACAUAUGAAACCAAGGAUUCUGGGAAAUACUUCGCUAUCGGGCCGUUGGAGCCACAGUUUUAUGCUGCUUUACUGCAAGGGUUAGAUCUUGAUCCUAGAGAUCUACCUGCUCGUGAGAAUCGUGAGAAUUGGUCUAUUUUACGGGAUGUUUUUACUCGGCGCUUUAAGGAGAAAACUCGCGCUGAGUGGGAGAAGAUCUUUGAUGGGACUGAUGCUUGUGCGACUCCUGUUUUGGAACAGAGUGAGCUUCAAGCUAAGGGGUAUGAACAGCGUCCGGCAGUUCGUUUGUCCCGGACACCGGCUUUCCCUUUCAAGGUUGAUGAGGGUGGUUGGACGGGAGGGGUGCUGAUACCUGGUUCUGGAGGUCUAGAGACUCUUCGAGCGUGGAUGGGAUGGGAAGAGAAUGAUCUCCAGAUUCGUCAGGAUGGAUCACUUGUUAUGCCAGAUGGCAGAGCGAAGCUAUGA